AUGCCCAGCAGCACUGGAAAGAGGUUUAAACCUACUAAAUACAUCCCUGUCUCUACAGCAGCUGCCUUAUUAGUGGGUUCGACUACUUUAUUUUUUGUUUUCACGUGCCCCUGGUUGACAAAAGCCAUCUCCCCAGCCAUCCCAGUGUACAAUGGGCUCGUGUUCUUGUUUGUACUGGCAAACUUCAGCAUGGCAACUUUCAUGGACCCUGGAGUUUUCCCACGAGCAGAUGAAGAUGAAGAUAAAGACGAUGACUUCCGAGCUCCACUCUACAAGAACGUGGAGAUUAAAGGAAUCCAAGUACGGAUGAAAUGGUGUGCCACCUGCCACUUCUACCGUCCUCCACGCUGCUCUCACUGCAGCGUCUGUGACAACUGUGUUGAGGAUUUUGACCAUCACUGCCCAUGGGUCAACAAUUGCAUAGGACGGAGGAACUACCGCUAUUUUUUUCUCUUCUUGCUGUCCUUAAGUACACACAUGGUUGGAGUAUUCACCUUUGGGCUCAUCUUCGUACUAAACCAUAUGGAAAAGCUGGGAGCAGCUCAUACUACCAUUACAAUGGCUGUCAUGUGUGUGGCUGGGUUAUUCUUUAUUCCAGUCAUUGGUCUCACUGGCUUCCAUAUUGUUCUAGUGGCCCGAGGGCGCACAACGAAUGAACAGGUGACAGGUAAAUUCCGUGGGGGAGUGAAUCCUUUUACCCGAGGAUGCUGUGGAAAUGUGGAACAUGUGCUCUGCAGUCCCUUGGCUCCCAGGUACAUAGUUGAGCCCAAGAAAAAGCAAGCUGUGAGUGUGAAGCCUCCUUUCCUCAGACCUGAUUUAUCUGAGCGACAGAUCACAGUGAAGAUCAGUGACAAUGGGAUCCAAGCCAACCUCAGCCGGAGCAAGUCUAAAAUUAGCCUGGAAGGUCUGGAGGAUAAAAGUAUGGAUGUGCAACCACCUCUCCCACCCAAAGGAGAUCCAAGCAAGUACUCUGAGCUAAAAGGGCAGCUGGGGACCAGUGAAGAAGGUGGCCUUUCACCCAAACUUAUCAGCCCUCCUACACCUGCUAUGUACAAGUAUCGACCAGCUUUCAGCAACAAUCCCAAAGUCCACUACCAUGCUACGGCUGAGCAGGUGAGCAAUCAAGGGGCUCUGAUAGAAGAGGAUGGCAGGAGCCUUGAUUACCAGUCCGAACCCAGCUCGGACAUCCCCAGCUACCGGAAGAGCUCCCUCCACAAGACCUAUCAGUCUUCCCCACUCCAGAUAGAUUCCUUUGCCAUCAAUUCACGAUCCCUGAGCCUGAAAUCUGCUGGCAGGAGAGGGACAGACAAAGUGCCCCUUCAUCCAAUAAAGUCUGAAGGGGCAGCUUCCACCCCUUACAAAAGCAUCUUUUCUCCCAAUUCCCUGUCAAACAGAAAUGGGAGUCUUUCAUAUGACAGUUUGCUAAACCCCAUGUCGCCCUCGGGGAGGAAGUGCAUCGCCCAUUCUGUGGUCAGCUCCGUUGGGUACCACUCCCCAUAUUUAUCAGCCAAAAUGUGCCAUCUACGGGGGAGCGAGCUGCAACGCCAACCACCGCAGAGCUUUAGCCCAGUGCUGGGGGGUCCAGCUCCACAUCAGCGAGACCCCUCCCCAGUCCGCUAUGAUAACCUUUCCAAAACCAUUAUGGCAUCCAUCCAGGAGAGGAAAGAGAUGGAAGAGAGGGAGAAGCUCCUCCACUCGCACCCUGAUUCAGUGUUUGCAGACUCAGGUGUCUAUGACACCCCUAGCUCUUACAGCCUUCAGCAAGUCAGCACGCUCUCUGAAGACCCACGCAGCAUGGCAAUGAGAUAUGGAUCUAGAGACAAUCUGAUGGCUGCUACCAGUUUUAGCACAAGGAACCCUUUACUGCAGUCCUCAGUGUCUUCACUCUCAAGUGCAAUGACAAGAGCACCAAGGACUUCCACAACCUCUCUGCAAGCUGAUUUAGCCAAUAAUAAUGUCCAGUCCCAUCAAGCACUACAGGGCAGGGUGAGCAAUGGCUCCUACAAAUCCCCAGGCCACCAGGUCCCAUCGUCCCCCACAGGGAUGCCUAGGUCACCUUCUUAUGGAGGCCCGAAGGCUGUCUCAUUUGUAAACACUGUGGAAAUUACAGAGGUGCAAUCAGUGGGAGCACAAAGGGAUGACAUGCAGUUGAAGACACCUCACAGUAAAAUAAAUGGACAGCCAAAAGGAAUAUCCAGGUUGGGUUCAACAUCAAGUUCCCAGGGGACACCUGUCAGCCCUGCUAGACACUCAAAUGUUAAGAAGGUGUCUGGAGUUGGUGGAACAACCUAUGAAAUUUCAGUGUAAAAUAAAAUUAAUUAAAA